GUAUGGUUGCCUUGUAUUUAUAUACCUUUGAAAGUGACGGGAUAGUUCGUAGAAGAGUAGUUGGUAUAUAAAGCGUCGGUAGUACUGUGUUUUAUUUCACUGUGAAAUUUCUGCAUGAUUUCUUAAGCACGCGUGAGACUGCCUCGGUGUAACUCAGCACAAGUCGGAUUGGCCCGAUUUUGCGCGGUGGAAUUCUGUUUUAAGCAUAAAGUUUUUAAAACUCUUGUACUGACUAACCUCUACGAAUAUGGGUUUACUAUCCGAAGGGAAUCCUUUAAAUUGGGAGGAAACGAAGAACCUCGCCGAUCAUGUUCGAAAACAUGGAAUUAUUCAAUUCAUUAACUUGUACAAGAGGCUUAGAGAUCGACAGGGUGAUGUGCUCAAGUGGGGUGAUGAGGUGGAGUAUAUGCUUAUUAAAUUUGAUGAUGAGGCAAAAACUGCAAAACUCAGCUUAAGGGCUGGAGAAAUCUUAGAAACUUUAAAUGAGAAAGAACAUAAUGAUCCAGACAAUAUUAAAUCACUGUGGAGACCUGAAUAUGGUGCUUAUAUGCUCGAAGGAACACCAGGAAAACCAUAUGGUGGAUUAUUAGUUCAUUUUAAUGUUGUAGAAGCUAAUAUGAGGUAUAGACGACAAGAAGCUUCAAAAUUACUUCGGCCCAAUGAAGUUUUAAUGUCUUUGACUAAUUUUCCAAGAACUGGGGCUCUCGAUUUUACAGAUCCUACCACUCAACCAACUCCAAAUUCUGGUGCAUCGAGAAGUUUGUUUUUCCCAGAUGAAGCCAUAUACCCAGGCCACCCACGAUUUAAAACAUUAACAAGGAAUAUAAGACAACGACGCGGUGAAAAAGUCACAAUAAACAUUCCUGUAUACAAGGAUAAAAAUGUUCCAAGUCCAUUUAAAGAAAAUUUUGGUACCUCAAGCGAGAACAAAUCUAGUAGUGCAGCAAAAGAAGAUCACAUUUACAUGGAUGCAAUGGGUUUUGGAAUGGGCUGCUGCUGUUUGCAACUUACUUUUCAAGCUUGUAAUAUAGAGGAAGCCAGAACGUUGUACGAUCAAUUAACACCUUUAUGCCCAAUAAUGUUGGCUCUAACCGCUGCUAGCCCAUUUUACCGAGGAUACGUGAGCGACGUUGAUUGUCGGUGGAAUGUUAUAUCUUGUUCUGUCGACUGCAGAACACAGGAAGAACGCGGUUUGAAACCACUGAACGAAAAUAAAUUUCGAAUCAGUAAGUCUAGAUAUGAUUCGAUUGACUCAUAUCUGAGCGAACAAGGAGAAAAGUACAAUGACAUGCCUUUAACGUACGACGUCGAGGUAUACAAACAGCUUGUGGAUAAUGGAAUUGAUAGGUUACUGGCACAGCACAUAGCUCAUUUAUUUAUUAGGGACACUGUAUCCCUGUUUUCGGAGAAAGUAUAUCAAAAUGACGAGGAAGAUACUGAUCACUUCGAAAAUAUUCAGUCUACCAAUUGGCAAACAAUGCGAUUUAAACCACCUCCACCGAACUCUUCUAUAGGAUGGCGCGUUGAAUUUCGACCGUGCGAGGUUCAAAUCACCGAUUUCGAAAAUGCCGCAAUAGUCUGUUUUAUUGUACUCCUUACAAGGGUUAUUUUGAGUUAUAAAUUAAAUCUGUUGAUACCAAUCAGCAAAGUCGACAAAAACAUGGCCAGAGCGCAAAGGAGGGAUGCGGUCAAGACUGAAAAAUUUUGGUUCCGCCGAGAUAUUACAUCGGAUCCGAAAAAACAAGAUGAUGAACAAACGGAAUAUACAGAGUAUACCGUCGAUGAAAUUAUCAAUGGAAAGGAUGGGGUGUUCCCUGGUUUAAUACCGUUAGUAAAUUCAUACUUGGCUAGUAUGGAUGUAGAUGCUGAUACUCACUGUACAGUACAAGCAUACAUGAAACUAAUACAAAAGAGAGCAUCUGGAGAGUUAUUAACAACUGCUGCAUGGUUGAGGAAAGAAGUUGUUUCGCAUCCAGAGUACAAAAAUGACUCUGUAAUAACGCAACGCAUAAACUACGAUUUAUUAAAAAAGGUACAGAAGAUUGUAUCGAAUGAGAUAUCAUGUCCAGAGCUACAUGGAACAUGUAUAUCGUCGAAAACUAAUGAGACUAUACCUGCAGCAGUUGCAAAAGCAGAAAAAAUUCCGUUAUCUAUGAAUUGUUAAUGGUAAUGUACUUAAAUAGAUACUAGAUAAUAUGGCGAGAUUUUAAUUUAUUUUACUACACUGCAUAUAUUGUACAUACUUAGCAUGAGUGAUCAAUAUUCUGGCACAAAUACUUAACGCUAGAUGUUUGUUUUCAACAGUUCAGCAAUUUAUAAAUAGUUACAUUCCAAGGAAUAAUUUUAAUUUUUAGAAUAUUAAAACUGUGACCGUUUGUAAAGAUGCUAAUACUUUCAAUCAUAAAGAAUAC